UUCAACUCCUUGCUGGGCGUCAAGGGGUUGCCAAGAUGCCGAAGAUAGGGUUCUACCGGAACUAUGGCAAGACUUUCAAGAAGCCUCGGCGUCCCUAUGAGAAGGAGCGCCUGGACGCUGAGCUGAAGCUUGUCGGCGAGUACGGCCUGCGCAACAAGCGUGAGCUUUGGCGCGUGCAGAUGGUGCUGAGCAAGAUUCGCAAUGCUGCUCGUGUGCUGCUCACGCUGGAGGAGAAGGAUCCUAAGCGCAUCUUCGAGGGCAAUGCCCUGAUGCGCCGCAUGAACCGUUACGGCCUGCUGAACGAGAGCCAGGACAAGCUGGAUUACGUGCUGGCGCUGACCCCCCAGGACUUCCUGGAGCGCCGCCUGCAGACCCUGGUCUUCAAGCAGGGCCUGGCCAAGUCCAUCCACCACGCUCGCGUGCUGAUCCGCCAGCGCCACAUCCGUGUCGGCAAGCAGGUGGUGAACGUGCCCAGCUUCAUGGUGCGCGUGGACAGCCAGAAGCACAUUGACUUCGCGCUCUCCAGCCCCUUCGGCGGCGGCCGCCCUGGCCGCGUCAAGCGGAAGAACGCCAAGAAGGGCGGCGACGGCGGCGAGGACGACGAGUAAACGUCGGGACGGACGAGGCAGCGUAGAGGGACGCUGUAACAAUAUCAGCCCACAAUGCCCGUCUCCUUUCUCUUGGAGCCCACACUUGCACACCGCACAUGCACACCGCAUUGGCUUUAGCAGAGGCGAGCGCUGGUGGCGGGAAAGCACGACAGCAGCAGCGUAGCAGCAGCAACAGCAGCAGGCGAAGCUCAUUCUGGCGACAGGAGCUUAGGGCGUUGCCAGCAGGGACUGGGGAGCAAACUGCGGCUGUUGCAUACGGAGCUAUGCAGGCGUGCUGGGUUACGCGUUGGGUGGUGUGGAGAGCUCCCAGCACAAGAGCGUGCCAAUCACAGCAGCUGCGGACUCUUGUGUAAACCUUGUCAGUAGUGGGUCGUGCUGGACCAUAUCAAGAAUAGCCAAGAGGGUUGCUGUAUCGAUGUUGAUGCCUAGAUGAACACUCAAUUCGCUUACAGGAUAGUGGAGGGACCGGUUAGCCAGCCCCUGGUCAGGGUGAAGUACAGGAUGUUGCGAAGGGCCAGC